AUGGAUUCAGCCGAUCGAUCUUUUCUUUCAGAUCUUAGUUAUAACUCCUAUUCCAGUCUUCGUAACGAGGCUACCAUAAACGAGACCUACCGCAACACUCUUGAGAUAUUUGCCUUUGGCAGUUACGGCGAUUACAAAGCCAAUCAUGAAAAAGUGCUGGAGCUCACCCCUGCUGAAAUCAUCAAGCUAAGACAGCUGACUCUUCUGUCUGUAGCCUCAGGCCAACGGACUGUGUUGUUUUCCACCAUAAGAAAAGAACUCGAUUUUCAAAACGAUGCCGAACUCAUGAUCACUCUACUGGCCGUUAACAACACGCUUAUCUCGUUCGUGAUGGACCCAGAACAGGAGAGCAUUGAGGUGAUUGAUUGGGCCUCACGCGAGAUCUUUGUGGCGAGUCAGGACUUGCCGUUGAAGCUUUUGAAUGUGGAAAAGGUUCGUGAUAUUGAUAGCUUGAUUAGGAGAUUGGAGAAGUUUAGGAAUGUUAAUGUGGAGAAGGCAUCUGCAUGUUUGAAAACUGGUUCCGUGAAAAGUCUGGAAGGCGAAAGUGUGAGCCAAUCAGAAGCAACACCAGGAAAAAAACGCAGAAUACCGUCUAGUGGAUAG